UAAAGAGCGCGCUUGGUCCCUGCACAGCAGGAGCCCGAUAGGCCCCCUGUCUGGUCUCUCCUCAGUGCGGAGCUUUAUUAAAGGCGAUGCCCAAAGGGGAGGGGCCACUCUUUCUUUCCUGUCGGGGUACGGUGAUAGAUAAGUAGAAGACCCCCUGCAAGAAUGCGAUCCCGUUGGAAAACACAAGUCACCGUGUUGUCUUCCCUCGGUCGAAUCACUGACGCUUCAGCAUGCAGCAACUAACCCUCGUCCUCCUGGCAUCCUUCUGGGCAUUCUGCACGGGCUCAGGGGAUUGGUGCUAUCAGUCCCAGUUUACCUGUGAUCAUCCAUGUAACACUCCAGAAAAGUGGGGCCACGUCUUCAAGGACUGCGCAGGGGAGCAGCAGUCCCCCAUUAACAUCGUGACUAGAAAGGCUUUAAAAGACGAGCGCCUGACUCCAUUCCUCUUCAACAACUACCAGCAGAUGUUCAGAGCCCUGGUCAGGAACAAUGGCCAUUCAGUUCAGGUAGAAGUUCCUCACCUCAGCACUGUAGCAGGUGGAGGCCUUUCCACCACCUACAAGGCUGUGCAGUUCCACCUGCACUGGGGCAACAACGGAGGCCCCGGCUCUGAGCACACCAUCGAUGGCGAGCAGUAUCCCAUGGAGCUGCACAUUGUGCACAUGAAGCAGCGUUACACUGAUCUGAAAACAGCGCUAUCAGACCCAGAGGGAGUUGCAGUCCUUGGCUUCUUCUACGAGAGGUCCAGCAGUGUGAACAAAAAGUAUGACACCAUCGUCAAAUCUCUGAAGAACGUCAUAGCUACGAAUGGCAACACAACUCUGCUGCCCACUUCCCUGGCACAGCUGAUCCCACCUCAGCAGAAUCUAACCAGCUACUAUCGCUACAAGGGGUCUCUGACCACACCAGGGUGCACUGAGGCCGUGAUCUGGACGCUGUUUGAGAAUCCCAUCCCUCUGAACAACGAACAGCUGCGAGCCUUCUCCGACCUGAAAUUCCACAAUGGAAAACCGAUGGUUGGGAACUUCCGUCCGGUGCAGCCGUUGAACGGCCGGCAGGUGUUCCGCUCCGGGGGCGUGGUCAUCCUGAGCGGCCCCGCCCUCCUCGCGGCCACCUUGGCCGUGGCCUUGGGACUGUCUCAGCCCAACUAGAGCGAGGCGUCCCACGCCGCGCCGCAACGUCCACAACUACAAAAACCUCCGUAUCACUCUUCAGCCGAACUCUGGUUUGCAGUAUCCUCAUCGCAUGGUUGCUACGACGAUCGAGCAUGUUAUGGUGCAGGCGUGACUCACCUGGUGUACCUCUACCUCACGGCGCAAAUGGCAAAGGCAUCCAAGGAUACCUUAGGAAAGGUGCCAGGAGUUUCAGAGAACUGAUGCAUGCAUGUGGACAGAGUCGUCUUAUUUCAGCAUUAUGAAUGUGUCAUAGAGCCGGUUACCGAGCACUCCAAGCUGAAUUUCACACCACACCCUCCAAGUCAUGCCCCUCGCCUUCCCAGGCAUCAUCCUCUAAGCACGAGCACGCUGGCAUCACACAUCAUUGUACACGUUAGACCUUGUCCAAUGUCAGGUAAAUUUAGUCUUGGCUAAUGUCAGUUUGAGUGGCCAAUGGUUUGCGCCCUGAGUGCAAUGUCAGCCCCAUGACCUGGCACGUGAUGCGCGGUUUUCUACGGGCCACUCGAACUGCGCGCAGCUAUUAUUAGCAGGAAACGGGCUGCCAGCGGUCAAAGGAGUGAGCACAGAGCCUGGCCUCCCCUCCGAAGGCCGGCGGCGCCAUCAGGUGAGCCGACUUCACGUGCCAGAUGUUUGCUAGGAGCCACACGUACUGUACUGUACAUGCCUCACAGUACUCAUGGUUCACCGGCAGAGUCACACAGACACACCUCAGCCUCGCUGUCUCCCACCGUCGACCCGUGAAGUUCAGUGAAGCCAUCCCGAGGACACGUGACCGCGUCUCGGACGUGCUCGGCAUCAUCGACUGUGAAUUAGACCCCAUCAAGCACCCGCUGGUUCGCUCGUGACUUUGAGCUGUGCAAUUUUCCAGACACAUUUAUUGUAAUGAUCAGUCGAGGAAUUGGUUUGGUUCCAUUUUUUCAUAAUGCAUCAAUUUGUAUUUCUAUGUUGUGUCCUUGUACACAUGUAUUUAUUUACUGAAUGUGUUUAUGUAUUAGAUAUACAUAUAUAUGAGACGCACAGUUGCUGUAAUUAUGUAUCGAAAACUUUAUAUAGUGCGGAAUGAAUAUGUGAAGCAUUAGGCUGUUCAUAAGACGAGUUUACUCAUGAUGUUCAAGUGUAUGAGACUGUCUGGUCGUGAUGCUUGAAAAUGUCAUAAAUCAUAUGGAGAAUGUGUCCAAGCGAACAAUAAACCACUUACCUGCCUUUUUAA